AUGGCAAAGGGUAACAUAGCUAGCACGGAUGAGGACAGCGCUGAGACGCUGAUGGACUAUUUCAAAAGUGUCUAUCGUCCGUUCCAGGGUAAUGGAGUCCGGAACCCUUUGGUGGAUACCAAUGAACACGAGCUGCAGAUGGUACUCUUGAGGGAGGACAAGAUGCGGACCAAGCUCAGAAACCUGAGCAAGCAUGAGGUGGUGAGUCCUGAUGAGAUCCACCCAGCUAUCGUCCAACCACUAGCUGAGGUCACUGAAUUGUUUAAGACAUCACUAAACUCCGGGGUAGUGCCUGAUGACUGA